AUGGUGAGAGCUGAGCCACCAGACGAAGAUGCGCCUACCCCAUUCAGGGAUGAGCAGCCUCAUAAGCAGAAGACAGAGCAGACUCCCUUAGUGGGGCUGCAGGCCCCUUCCCCCAGCAAUGGUGUCCUGAAUGGCAUUGAUGGCCCAGCAAUCUUUUUGAAAUCAGAGAUACAAGGCUUGGCUACUGAAUGGCAAAUAAUUUCAGUUGGAUCACCCACAACAGAAGAUGACUCCAAGCCAAAAAACACGGAGGAAACCUCAGUGCAUACAGUUUCUAAGAUGAAUCUGCAAGACGUUCUGCAGAAACGAGGUAUCUCCGGGAGUGUGAAUUUUGAUGAGGAGGAUGCCGAGGAGGAGAAGGAAGAAGUCAGGAAUCCUACUGGACCGCCUUCACCCUGUUCUGAAGUGGAGAGACCAGGUUCUGCCAUGAGUGAAAAAUCUGCAGCAGAAUUGGGUGCUUCCUCUGCUGUGCCACCGAAGACAGACGCGCAGAUGCCGGGAGAAAUUGAGAACCUAGAGGAGUUCGUUCUGCGCCCUGCACCUCGUGGCAUCACGGCAAAGUGUCGGAUCACAAGAGAUAAGAAGGGGAUAGACCGAGGCCUCUUUCCUACUUACUACAUGCACCUGGAACAGGAUGACAACAGAAAAAUAUUCCUUCUUGCAGGGAGAAAAAGGAAAAAGAGCAAAACAUCAAAUUAUCUAAUUUCAAUUGACCCAACAGAUUUAUCCAGGGAAGGGGAAAGUUUUAUUGGCAAACUCAGGUCAAAUCUUAUGGGAACUAAAUUUACUGUCUACGAUCAUGGAAUUAAUCCGGUGAAGGCACAGGGUCUUGUGGAAAAAGCACACACCCGGCAGGAGCUGGCUGCUGUUUGUUAUGAAACCAAUGUAUUAGGAUUCAAGGGGCCCAGGAAAAUGUCAGUCAUUAUUCCAGGAAUGAAUCUAAAUCACCAACGAAUUCCAAUCAGACCACGAAAUGAGCUUGACAGUUUGUUGUCAAAAUGGCAAAAUAAAAACCUAGAUAACCUGAUUGAGCUACACAACAAGGCUCCUGUGUGGAAUGAUGACACCCAGUCUUAUGUCUUGAACUUCCAUGGGAGAGUCACCCAGGCCUCAGUGAAGAACUUCCAGAUUGUUCAUGAAAAUGACCCGGACUACAUUGUGAUGCAGUUUGGCCGUGUUGCUGAAGACGUGUUCACUUUGGAUUUUAAUUAUCCCCUGUGUGCCCUUCAGGCUUUUGCCAUUGGACUCUCCAGCUUUGAUAGCAAGCUAGCGUGUGAGUGACAGAAAUGGUGGCAUUCCCAGCCUUUCAUUUCUUUUUCUUCUUGCGCUAAUGUCCAGGCUGUCUGAUGUAUGUAUGUGCGGAGGAUGGUAAGCGGAGUUGCCAGCUCCAGGUUGAGAAAUACCUGGAGAUUUCGGAGGUGGAACCUGAAAAAGGCAUGUUUGGGGAGACGAAAGACUUCAGUGAAGUCCAACAGCCAUUUUCUUCAUUUGAUUUCUGUUACCUGAAGAUCAGUUGUAAUCCCAAAAGAGCUCCAGCUCCACCUGGAGUUGGCAACCCUAACCGAGAUAUAUCUGAGGGCACUGAAGGGACAUCGUGAGCUUCUGAAGGCAGAUGGAGGUACAAGAGCAGCCCUCUGGUGAAGCAGCCCUCUGUUCCGCCUGCCAGGUGCCAGAAACACACUCAAGCAGGGAAAAGGAAACGUGGGAUGUCAUUGUUGCUGAUGGAAGUGAAAGUAAGGGAGGCUGUUGGCCAGAGAAGGCUCUGUUGUCAGAUUAUUCUCCUCUGUCUGUUCUGUUAUCCUUCACUGGCUGCCUGCAUUUUUAAUGUUCCUUCAGCUGAAGGCCUGUAAUAACUGUGUGUCUUAUUACUGUGCAGCCCAGUUUUUCAGUGAGUUUGAUGGCUCAGGCUUCUUGUUGUUGCUCUCGUGUGAACAUUAUUUGUUGUAGGACUUUGUUCUCCAGGAAGAGAUGUGAGAAAUUUAAAGUCUUUGGUUGGUUUGAAGACUCCUGUUCCUGCAUCCUGUCUGCUUGGCAACUGUUUUGGAAAAUGCUGACUGGAAUCUAGAAGCUGAUCUAGACGUGUCCCUAAGAGCUGCAAUUGAGUGAAACAGAAUUUGAAAACCCAAUGACAAUUUUAAAAAAAAUUGAACUAUAAGAGUUUUUUGACACUUUAAAGAUUGACAAGUUUUGAAGUUUCUGUUGAAUCUUUCUCUUUUCUUUUGGUUUUUAGGUGACACAAGUCCCUUGUUUAUUUUUACUGCAAUAAGAUAUCAUGGCUAUUGCUCAGGAAUGUGAUCUGUUUCUUGGUGAGAAGUUGUGAAAAAAGCACCCUUAUUGCUGGUCUAGGAAAGAACUUUUGGUGGGUAGAAGGCAAGUCUUCUUUGUUGUCUCUGUGCAGCUUGACAUAUUGGUUGUGCAUUUGAGCAGAACAUUCAGAAAGUUCUGUAGUUAAAACCCACAGUAAACUCCUUCCUUUGAAGGGUGUUGUGCAUAUCAGCUGCAUUCCUAUAAGCCACCUUUCUUGUGCAGCGUACAGUGGGGAUGAGUUUUGUGGGUUUCUGAUUGGAUGGCUUAGGGGACAACAUUUUUAGAACCUUUAAGGUUGAUCUCAGUACCUCUUGUUUCCACAUUCAGUCUUCUGUCCAAUCAGGCUCCAGCUUGAGAAAAAUCUGACCAAAAAGCAAUCUAAAGGUAAAACCAAGGGAAAAAUCAUAACUGAGGCUUUUUGAAGACGUUUACCCAGGACGGAACCUUCUUUCUAAGCUACCAGUUUUGUCCACUUUGAAAAAGAUAAUGAGUACUGCUGUUGACUUCAAAGUACCAAUAUCUGCAGAUUCUCCAGUAGGAUUUUUGAAAACUGAAAUUCAUCAUUAAGCACAAGGAAGAGGUUGAAUACAAUUCCUAGACAGACUGGUAGACAUUGGUACGCCGACCUCCUCUUUUGAGCAGUGUCAUGUCUCAUUGCUAAGCUGAAGCUCCACCUGUGGACCAAGUUGGCUUGAAUUCCUUGUCAGCUUCUGAAGGGAAAGAUAGAUUUCCCCCUUCAUUGGUCUUGUGCUCCACCAGCUGGGCUUAUUGACCAUUGUUGUAGUGCCAUCCAUCAAAAUCUUAUUCAAAUAAUGGCAGGUUUUGCUACUGGGAAUACGAUGGGUGGAAUGACAGCUACCUUUGUGUGCAUUUUUUAUUUUACCCAAGAGAAGACUGUUGCUCUCCCUUUGGGAUGAUCACAGCGCUGAUGCUCUGGACUGGGACCACUAUUCCUUUGCUUCGUUAGUCUCCUCAUAGUGAUCUACAGCCUUUCUUUUCUGGGGUCGUGGACAGUCCUUGAGCUGCCUGGACAGUCUUGUCUGAGGCCCUGGCAGGAGUCAAGCUCCACAAAGGGCUGAACACUUCCUGUGGCCACCAACUAGGCUGCUGCUGCUGCUGCUCACCUGUGUUUCGGUGCCAUCACACCAGGUACUUGUCCUCCAGUGCAUUUAUUUAGAGGAUCUGCACGCCACCUUUCUAUUCUAAGUGAACACCGAGGGCAGUUAGCAAUUGUAGAAAUGAAAUAUAUAAAACAUCCUGUAGUACAUCCUGUAGUUAAAAGCAUCAUUGACAGUCAAAAUCCAGCAGUGUCAGAUCCCCAAUGAUUGAAACAACACCUUGUAGGGAACAGAGGUUUAUUCAUCCUGAGGACACCUUUGAAAAGCCAGAAUUGGCUUUUCCCCACACAAACAGCAGUAAUAUCUUCCAGGGUUCCCCCCCCCCCCCCAUGUGAACAGUGUGAAGAAAUAUGCAGACAGUUAGAUAAGAGCAAGAGUCCGUUGGAGCUGGCCUUGACCAGCACCUGGUGGUGAAAACAGAGGCACACAAUAUGAUUCCCAUCCCACCAAAGCCCAGAACAGCAAGCAGCUCCCAGCACCCAUGUGGCAUCCUGACACUCCGCUUCCCCUAGGGCCCUCCCCCCAGUUUGCUUGGACAAGAACGAUGGAAGUCUUGUAUGAGUUUGGGUGCUUUGAUGUGUUCUGCCGCCACCCACUCAUCAUGUCCAGGUAAACAUCCUUUCCAGGACACCAAAUACUGCAAGCGGUUACUAUAGAUGCGAGCAUCGCGGAUAGCAGAGACUUCAUAGUGCUUCUCUCCAUUAAUCAGAAUUGGCUGAGUUGAAGUAGUCUCUGGAUGCCAUAAAUCCGGGGGAGGUGCUUUCUUGAGCAAACUGCAAUGAAACACAGGGUGAAUUUUAUGUAAAGCCUUCCUUAGGCAAAACUAAUUCAGCAGUCACACCAUUAAUAACAUUAAUGAUUUUAUAUGGCCCAAUGUACUUGAGUCCCAGCUUUGUAGGUUUGUGAAUGUCUCUUAAAUUUUUAGUGGACAGGUACACCAUAUCGCCAGCCACUCCUGUCUAUGCUUAUUGGCCUGAUGUUUGUAAGCUACUUGUGCUUUCUGAAGAGCUUUCCGAAUAGAAGGCCACCCUUCCAAGAGACUGUGGAUCCAUUCCUUAAGUUCAGGAGAGACAGCCAAACCCUGAGGCAGAAAAAGAAUAGGCUUUGCCGAACGACUGGAGACAAUUUCAAAAGGGGUCUUGCCAGUACUGCUAUGAACCACAUUAUUAUAUGCAUAUUCCGCAAAAGGAAGCAAAUCCACCCAAUUAUCCUGCUGAUAGUUAACAUGGCAUCUUAAAUAUUGUUCCAGAGUCUGGUUGGAUCUCUCGGAUUUCCCCAUCCGAUUGUGGAUGGUAGGGGGAGGAGAGGGCUUGAUGAGGGCUACCCAUAUUUGGUCAUUGACCGUAAAUAGAAUAUUCUAUUCUAUUCCUAAUGCUACCCAUGGAACUUUUCUUCUGAUUCCGGCACCAGUAUUUAUUCUGAUCCCCGCAUUGAGAAAAUGCACCAAAUUUGUUUCUGGGUGAAGUGGUGAGCAACCAUAAGCCUGCACUUUCCACGGAAGACUUGCAAUUGUAUGUGAAUGCAAAAGUAUGUGAAUACUUGCAAGUUAAAACAUGAUAGAACAUCCUUUUCCUUUAUAUUGCUAAGUUGAUCUUUUUGGGUUCACCUUCUGAAAAGUAAGUGAGAAUUAACCCUGGUUAUUGUUGUUGUUUUUAAAAGAGGGAUGUCAUGUGGUGUAACCACAAAUAAACUUGUCGGGAAUUAUGACUGCAGAUCAAAAACUGGCUGGGUCUAUUGCCCCAUGGCAGCAUAAGUAUCUGAAAUUAAAAGUAUCUUUUAAUUUCAGAAGUCACAUCUGCCUAAUAGAGAGAAGUCAGUUCAGAAAUUGUGCAGCUUAGAACAUAGGCGUCUGCCUGGAUCAGACCAGUGAGGGUCCAUCUAGCCCAGCAACCCGUCUCACACACAGUUGGCCACCCAGUUCCUUUGGUUGUCCAACCACAGGGCACAAAGGCCGAGGCCUUCCCCCUGUUGUUGCCUCCUGGCACUGGGAUUCAGAAUUUGGCUGCCUCUGAAUGCGGGGAUUCUUUUCAGUCGGCAUGGCUAGUAGUCACUGGUUGAUCCGUUCUCUGUGAAUCUGUCUAGGCCCUUUUUAAAGCUGUCCCGGCCUGUGGCGCUUUCUCCAUUAUUUGGCAGCAAAUCCCACUGUUAAGAAACUCACUGUGUAAAGAAGUAUUUGACCUGCCCAUCAUCAGCCUGGUCUCACAGGAAAGUGCUCCAACCCCCUCAUCAUUGUGGUUUCCCUUUUCUUUUAUUUUUUUCCUGCUCUGUGAGACCCUUUUUGAGAUGCAGUGACCAGAAUUGGGCACAGAAUUCCAAGUGAGGCAUCACUAUUAAUCUAUACAGGGGAAUUUAUAAAACCAGCCAUUUUAUUUUCAAUUCCUAUCCUAAUAAUUCUCUUUUCACUGCUCCAACACAAUGGAUUGGCACUUUCAUUGAGCUCUCGACUAUGACCCCAAGUUCUUUUUCCUCCGUAGUCUCAGCAAGUUCAGCCCCAUUUUCCUACCAUGAAGGUGGAUUCCCCCCUCCCUUUGCACAUCACUUUAUAUUUAGCAAGAUUGAACUUGAUUUGCCACGUUCUUGCUCACUCAUUCAAUUUGUGCAGAUCCUUCUGGAGCUCUUCACAGCCAUCCUUGGUUAUCACCAUCUGGAAUAAUUUAGUGUCCUCUGCAAACUUGACCACUAUUCUACUUACUCCUAGUUCCAGAUCAUUUGUGACAAGAUUACCUAGUACAGGCCCUAAUCCUGAUUGCUGUUGGACCCACUGCUUGCCUCCUGUGGCUGAGUCUUAAAAGACUGAGAUCUGGGCCUUUUUUCUCCAUUGUGAGAACUGAUUGUUCGCUUUGCUUCAUGUCAUUUAACUAAUUUUUAAUCCAUAAGAGAGCCCAUCUUCUUAUCCCAUGACUUCUAGGUUUACUCAGGAGUAUCUGGAGAGGUACCUUGUCUAAAGCCAUUUGAAAGUCCCAGGCCACUCUUCUCUACAUGCUUGUUCACUUCCUCAAAGAACUCCCAAGGAUUGGUGAGGCGGGGCUCCCCUUUGCAGAAGCCGCCAUACUGACUGCACUUCGGCAGGCUUUGUUUCUGUACAUGCCAAAUCAUUCUAGCGUUGAUUAGUUUCCACUAAUUUUCUUCGAACAGAUGCUAGGCUGUCUGGCCUGUAGUUCCCUGUUGAACCCCUUUUAAAAAAAAUAACAUUUGCUAUUCACCAGUAUUCUGACAGAGCUGCUAAAUUUAGUGACGGCUGAUCUGCUAAACUGUAUAUGUUUCCCUAAGAGCUCUGGGUGCCAUCAGCACCUAGAGAGGCAUCAGUUGUUAAUUUCCUCUGUGAGUCUAGAGCUUUACCUCUCGUCACCUCAAUCGACUCAGUUCUUCAGACUGCCUUUCUGCAAAGAGUGGUCGUGGCCUGGAUGCAGGCCAUACACUUUCUCCAGUGAACACAGAGUCCAAAAAGUUAUUGAGCUUCUUUUCCUGAUGAGACACUGGAGUGGAUCCAGAUUCACUGCUUGUGCUGCGGGUAUCAUCCCUUGACCUGCAUGAAUGCAUGAAACUCUCGGAGGAACUAAGGCCAACAUCAGCGCCCGGCUCUGUGGCAUUCAUCAGAGGCUACUUUUUUCCUGGCUGUUAAAGCUAAAGGCUCGAGAAACCAUCUCUGUCUUCCAAGUUUCAGUUGUCCUUGAUAGUUGAAGGUGGUGAGACUCCCAUGAACACAGCCAGAUCCUUCACAUCAGUGUUUUCAUUCUGAAACUAACUGCCUGGAGUAGGAGAAACUUCAUUAAUGUUCAGCAACAUCUACUGAAGGAUAGUCCUGUUACUAUGUCUUUGCUUGAGGCCUGUUGCCUUGAGGCCUGUUACUAUGUCUUUGCUUGAGGCCUCUUCUCUGACAAUUUUAGACUGUUAUCCUUGAAUAAUCAUGGCAUUGUGAUUUCAUUGGUGUAAAUACAUUUGGCUGCUCUCUCUGUCUUUUGACCUACAUAACCCUGCCCAGGACUGUUCUAUAUCUCCCCAUCCAGUGGCAAAAUAUUUCCUCAAGGAUCUCAUGUAUCAUCUGCAUCUACAAGGAACCUGUUUUUGGUACUGACAGAACUCUUGUGCAAAGCCCUUGAGCAACAGGUGGUCUUCAUUUGCUGUCACUCUCUAUUGCUCUCACUUGGAACGUCUACGUUUUGCUUUUAGCAAACAUUUCUUUUUCAGUUUAAGGGAAAGUUGGGUUCUCAAGAGGCCAAGACUUUCUGGAUGAGGUGCAGCUGCCUUCUAAAUGUUGUCAUUCAUAGCGGUGCUCACUUCUAUAGGAAGGAGGGGAAAGAUUCCUCCCCAGCUCAUGGCUGCUCUACUGGGCAGCCACUGCUGUUCAGGUACCUCAUUUGCUUGGAAAGUAGGUUUGUUUCCAUGGCUGUUUCACCCCCCCACCCCCACCCCGUUGUACCAAGUAUUAAAAAAAUCUUAUUCUUUCUGUCCUUAUGCCUAACAUAACUUCUGGAAUUUUAGUAUUCAAUUCCCAUACACUUCAACAAUAUCGUUGUCUUUCCUGAAGUUCUUUCAAGUUUAUUGGUAACUUGGCAUUUGGUGUCAGCCUGUUUUAAAAUAUGUGGUAACAUUUACAUCACAGGUGAAGUGGUUUAACAUCUUCUGUCUUCCAUAAGCAGAGCUAGAGAAAGCUCACCAGGUUACAAAUCCAGGAUGCUUUGGAGAAUAUCUUGAUAGUUAAACUACUGUAAUAUUAGCAAAACUUUGUAGUGUAGGCAAAAUGUACACUAUUGACUCUACUGUGACAUUUUUAAAUAAAGGAUUGCAUCCCAUAGUUUUGCCCACACCAGCACAAGAACUUGGCAGGCGAUUCAUUUUCCUUGUGAGUUCAGUAUAGAAACAAAUCGAAUGAAUGCAUGUGAUCAAGCUUGGCGAUAUGAUUUUUAAAAGAUAAUUCAUUUAACAUAUACUGUUGAUGGCCUAUGGACUUAAGUUAUAUCAUGAUUUGAAAUGAAACUAAACAGUGCUGACUGAAUUGUUGCAUAUCGGACAUGGCCGGCCUGGUUUCAUGAUUCCAGUAGAUUUUGUGUCAUUUCUGUUGUGCUUGCUGUAGCAGUGCAGAGAACUAGCAUUCACACACAUUGGUGGUGAUUUUAUACUGUCUUAUCCUACUGCACUUUGAACCUGAUCUACCAGCUUUUGCUCCUUGAAACUGGUCCAGACCAUGCAGGAGCUGACUGUCUGCUGUCUUGCUGCUUUGUGUUUGUGCUGCAGAGAACUCCACUGUGCCUUGUUUUACAUCAAUUAUAUUUAUAUCUUUUGUAUGACAAGAAGAUAAUUAUAUAUGUGUAUUAAAAUGUGAAAUUUUGAGAA